AGUGUGUACUCACUGAGCCUCUGCUAUGUCUCAGGGCCUUGGGAAGAGCAAUGCACAGAUCCAGUCCCUGACCUGUGACACUCGCGCCCCUCUGGGCGUUUUAGGUCUUUUUAGUCUGACAGUCUGUUGGAGGGAGACGUCGUUAUAUGGACCUUUCACUCAGCUUGACGACUUCUUGGGUUGUAUUAUUAUUAUUAUUAUUAUUAUUAUUAAUGUCAUUAUUAAUUUUUAAUUUUAUGUGUAUUGGUGUUUGCCUGCAUGUCUGUCUGUCUGUGUGAGGGUGUUGGAUCCUUGAGUUGGAAUUCCAGACAACGGUGAGCUGCUAUGUGGUUGCUGGAAAUUGAACUCAGGUCCUCCGGCAGAGCAGCCAGUGCUCUUCACUGCUGAGCCACCUCUCCAGCGCCCUGCCGACUUCUUGUAAUUCAGGUGAGCACCUCCUCCAUGGGCACUUUGCCAAAGCAGGUGAAGAUCGUGGAAGUCGGUCCCCGAGAUGGGCUGCAGAAUGAAAAGAGUAUUGUACCCACCCCAGUGAAGAUCAGGCUGAUCGACAUGCUUUCCGAAGCAGGGCUCCCCGUGAUCGAGGCCACCAGCUUUGUUUCUCCCAAGUGGGUGCCACAGGGCCACACCUUUUAACAGCACCACUCCCUGGGCCGAGCAUAUACAAACCAUCCCAGAAUUGCUGUUUCAUAGCAAACAAUCCCUUUGAUAGCACCAGGCAAUGCAGAAGGAGUGGCGCCCAGGGCCCCACCAGAGAAGGUUCUUGAUGGCUGACCACUCUGACGUCUUGAAGGGCAUUCAGAAGUUUCCCGGCAUCAACUACCCAGUCCUGACUCCAAACAUGAAAGGCUUUGAGGAAGCGGUAGCUGCGGGUGCCAAGGAAGUGAGCGUCUUCGGUGCUGUGUCUGAGCUCUUCACCCGGAAGAACGCGAACUGCUCUAUAGAGGAGAGUUUCCAGCGCUUUGCUGGAGUCAUGCAGGCGGCCCAGGCCGCCAGCAUCUCUGUGAGAGGGUAUGUCUCCUGUGCCCUCGGAUGCCCCUACGAGGGGAAGGUCUCCCCGGCUAAAGUUGCUGAGGUUGCCAAGAAGUUGUACUCGAUGGGCUGCUAUGAGAUCUCCCUUGGGGACACCAUCGGCGUAGGUACCCCAGGACUCAUGAAAGACAUGCUGACUGCUGUCAUGCAUGAAGUGCCUGUGACAGCAUUGGCUGUCCACUGCCAUGAUACCUAUGGUCAAGCUCUGGCCAACACCUUGGUGGCCCUGCAGAUGGGUGUGAGUGUUGUGGACUCCUCUGUGGCAGGACUUGGAGGCUGUCCCUAUGCAAAAGGGGCAUCAGGGAACUUGGCUACUGAGGACCUGGUCUACAUGCUGAAUGGCUUAGGGAUUCACACGGGUGUGAACCUCCAGAAACUUCUAGAAGCUGGGGACUUCAUCUGUCAAGCCCUUAACAGAAAAACUAGUUCCAAAGUGGCACAGGCCACCUGCAAGCUCUGAGACCCUCGUUCGCCUGAACCAGAACGGAGGGAAUUGGGUGUAUACAAUGAUUCCUGGAUGAAGAGAUGGAAUGAGAGCAAAUGAGCCGGCAUCACAGAGGUCCCUGUCCCUGAUGAUAAGGGCUAGAGCUGCCUGGCCUGGGCCAGCUCCCCAGAGCUGUGCCUAAGCACUUGCUUGGGAUGGCCCUGGGUGAGUCUGCCUGCCAACAGAGCUGAUGUCCACCGCCGCAGGGCCUUUGUUCUACCUCUGAGGACAGAGAGCAGUUUCCCCUUAUGCCAGCAGAGCAUUUGCUGGAAUGGUGGGGGUUGAUCUGCAUCUGUGGUCAUCUGCCAACGAAAUCUCCACUCUGUGUGUGAUUUUUUUGAAAACAGCUUAUGUAAUUAAAGGUUUAAUUUUCUAAUAUAA